AUGCGUUCAGCUAUUAUUGCCGCUCUUGUCGCAGCCUUAGCUGCUCAGGCCAAACGUGAGGAUGCUCGGCCCUUCUAUGAUGGUCAUCAGCUGGCCUUCAGCCCGGAAGAAGUCAAUGCCGAUGCAUCUAAGCUCUACGAGCGCAAGCCGGAGAGCGCCAAGGACUUCUAUGACGGUCAUCAGAAGGCCUUCACCGCCGAGGAAGCCAAUGCAGAUGCUUCCAAGCUCUAUGAGCGCAAGGCCGAGAGUGCUAAGAACUUUUAUGACGGCCACCAGCUGGCCUUCAGCCCUGACGAAGCUGACGCUGAUGCGUCUAAGCUCUACCAGUGA